CUUCAACCUAGAAAGGCAAUGUCCCUGAACUUUUGAUAUUGUUUUUGUUUUCAACGUCACAGCCUUCUUUCCGCCAAUCUUUUCAAGCCCUUCUUUCACUUCCUCUGUCCCACCAUGGGUGCCGCAAAGAAGUAUGCGCUUCUGCCUAUGGAAGAUGAAGAAGUCGGACCUGCAAAAGUGGUAGAAAAGAAGAAAGAGAAGAAGCGGCACGGCGAGAAGUCCUCCUCUAGAAGAGACAAGCAUAGAGAGAGGAGUCGCGAAAGGAGUCGAGAACGUUCGCCCCGCCGCGAAUCCGAACACCGUUCCAAGACGAUUCGAAAACGAGAACACAACGAAGAAAACUUUGAAGAUCGAUGGGGUGAUGAAGAAUACAUCUCAGAGGAAGAGCCAGAAUUCCAAGAAUCCGCGUCAAAGAGACAGAAAACGGAUCAUGACGAGGAUGAUGGAUUGGAUGAGGAGGAACGAGAGAGGAGGAGAGAUCAAGCGGAGAAGGAUGCUUUCGCGAAGAGAUUAGCUGCAAAAGAUUCGGACAGAACCAGGAAACUGGUAGAAGAUAAGUCGUCGACCAAGGAGGGCAAUGUCCUGGCCCAACGGAGAGCUCUAGCAGAAGAUGCUGCUGCGAGAAGUGCUGCUUUACCGGAUCUCAGAGAACGAUCGCGACAGGAUUACCUAAAGAAGCGCGAGACAGAACGUUUAGCACUUCUACGGAAACAAGUUGCAGAAGAGACCGAAGAAUUGAGAAGUGGCGUGAGACUUUCCGAAAAGGAAAAGGCCGAGUUUGCAAAGAAUAGAGAGGUCUUGCGGAUUGCUGAAGAGCGACUGCGAAUCGAUGAUCAUCUCGAUGGCUAUGCUAUGCCGGAGGACUACAUCACGGAGAAGGGAAAGAUUGACAGGAAGAAAAAGGAGGAUGCUAUGUACAAGCGUUAUGUCGACAGGGACGAAUACGGCCAAGAGAAGUUUGUCACAGAGCAUGAGGAAUGGGAAAGAGAACAAGCUUCCAAAGCCAAAGCUCAAAUUCAGAGCAAUGAGAGAGUCGAAGAUGGCGAGUACGACUACGUAUUGGAUGAAGCGCAGGGUAUCAAAUGGAUCAUGGAUUCUCGAUUACCAGGAGAAGGCAAAGGUCUCAGUAAGGAGGAGCGAUUUCUAGCCGAACAACUCAAAGCUGCUGAGAAAAGGGCAUUGUCUAUGGAUGAAACUCGAAAGAGUCUGCCCAUCUAUGCUUACCGGGAUCAAUUUCUUGAAGCUCUGGAGAAGUAUCAAAUUUUGGUUAUCGUGGGAGAAACUGGAAGUGGAAAGACCACUCAGCUACCUCAAUAUCUCCAUGAAGCUGGUUAUACUAAAGGCGGCUUGAAAGUUGGGUGCACGCAGCCCCGCCGAGUGGCUGCUAUGAGUGUCGCAGCUCGUGUUGCCGAUGAGAUGGGGGUAAAGGUUGGAAACGAAGUUGGCUAUUCUAUCCGUUUCGAGGACUCUACCAGUGACAAAACUGUCUUGAAGUACAUGACAGAUGCACUCGUCAAGGAUCUGGCGAGAGAACGACCUGAGAUGAAAUUGCUCAUUUCUUCAGCUACCAUGAACGCUGCGAAGUUCGCAAAUUACUUCGAUGAUGCGCCCAUUUUCAACAUUCCUGGAAGAAGAUAUCCCGUCGACAUCCAUUAUACCCCUCAGCCUGAAGCGAACUACCUCGCUGCCGCUAUCACCACUGUCUUCCAGAUCCAUACCACUCAAGGCAAAGGAGACAUCCUCGUUUUCCUGACUGGUCAAGAAGAGAUUGAAGCAGCGGAACAGAAUAUCACGGAAAUUUCCCGAAAACUUGGCAGUAGGGUACCAGAACUGGUCAUCUGUCCCAUUUACGCCAAUUUACCGUCAGAGUUGCAGAGCAAGAUUUUCGAGCCUACCCCUGAUGGUGCACGCAAAGUAGUAUUGGCGACGAAUAUUGCUGAGACGAGUUUGACCAUUGACGGUAUCGUGUAUGUCAUCGAUCCAGGAUUCGUUAAGGAGAACGUGUAUAAUCCAGCAACGGGUAUGUCGAAGCUCGUUGCGGUACCGUGUUCACGUGCAUCUGCCAAUCAAAGGAGUGGUCGUGCUGGUCGUGUUGGACCAGGAAAGUGUUUCAGACUCUACACAAAGUGGGCAUUCAUGAACGAGAUGGAAGAGAGUACCACUCCAGAAAUCCAGAGGACCAAUCUUAAUGAUAUUGUCUUGUUGCUCAAGUCCCUGGGCAUCAACGACUUGCUGGAGUUCGAAUUUAUGGAUCCUCCCCCAACGGAAACGCUGAUCGGUGCAUUGAAUCAACUGUUCGCACUGCAAGCUUUGAAUCAUCAGGGAGAGUUGACCAAGAUUGGACGCCAGAUGGCUGAGUUCCCCAUGGAUCCUAUGCUCGCAAAAGCGGUCUUGGCAGCAGACAAACUCGGAUGCGUGGAGGAAGUGCUAUCGAUCGUUUCAAUGUUGAGCGAGUCGUCAGCGUUGUUCUUCCGACCCAAGGAUAAGAAAAUCCAUGCCGAUAGUGCACGAGCGCGCUUCACUAUCAAAGAAGGUGGCGACCACCUCACUUAUCUGAAUAUCUGGAAUCAGUGGGUGGACAGUGACUUCAGCUUCGUGUGGGCAAAGGAAAACUUCUUGCAACAACGAUCUUUGACCCGAGCCAGAGAUGUGCGGGACCAACUUGCAAAACUUUGCGAGCGAGUCGAGGUCACGCUGUCAAGCUGUGGUGCAAAUGAUCUUGUCCCCAUCCAAAAAGCGUUGACUGCUGGAUUCUUCCCGAAUGCGGCUCGACUGCAAAGGGGCGGCGAUAGCUACCGCACUAUCAAGAACAACACCACCGUGUGGGUGCACCCAUCCUCGGUCCUGAUGGGUGAAGAUACUCCUGUCAAGACCUUGAUAUAUCACGAACUUGUACAGACGACGAAAGAGUACAUGCGAAGUUGCAUGCCUAUCAAACCUGAAUGGUUGCAUGAAGCUGCACCGCACUUCCAUAAGAAAAAGGAUCUGGAGGCGUUAGAAGAGAAGAAGAUGCCGAAGGAUCGAAGUAGGAUAUGAAGUGUAUAUAAUGUGGGGCUGGUGAUCCCUUGGAACAUCAAUAUUUGCUUCGUUUGUUCGCCCUCCUCAAACGUACUAUGUGAUAUUGGUGUGACGUGGAACCCCGUAAACUGCACCCAGGUGACACCGAGAAAAAAAACUAUGAGCAAAUUAUCAAGCACU